AGAAGAAAAGAAAAAACAGCGCCCUUGUGAGCCCAGCCCGGCUAGACCUCCUCUCCCUGGAUUCGCUGGGUCCUGAGUGGGACCGCCCACUGGGUUCCAAAGACUUGGAGGAAGACGAGGGUCCGUGGGGAGGGGGCUGCAGCCUGCCGCCCACCAGCUGCCUGGCAGGCUCCUGGCGACGGGACGUGGGCCUGGAGUGCAAGGGCUCGCCGGAGGGGGCUGAGGCCCGGGCCUGGACCGCCUACCACUACAGCCUCCUGCAGAGCUGUCUGCAGCAGGCCGGCCUGCCGGAGACCCAGGACCGCAGCCAGGUGCCACGCACAGGCUGCCCGGGGGCAGAAGUUACCCUGUGCGUCCUGGGAUCCCCCAGCACCUUUCUCUCAGUGCUGCUACAGGGCGGGGUGCAGAGUCCGGGAAACAUGCUCCUUUGCCUGUCCCCCGCUUGGCUGGCGAAGGUGCCGGCCCCUGGGUCCCCGGGGGAGGCAGCCCUGCUGGUGUCCAAGGCUGUGAGCUUCCAUCCGGGGGGCCUGACAUUUCUGGAGGACUUUGUCCCCCCUCGGCGGGCCACCUACUUCCUGGCGGGCCUGGGGCUGGGGCCAGGCCUGGGCCGGGAGGCAGCUGAGCUUGCCCGCAACCUGGCAUGCCCCACAGGCGCUUCGGCAGAGCUGACCCAACUGCUGGAGGACCGGCUGCUCAUGAGGUGCCUGUUGGCCCAGCAGGGUGGCGUGGCUGUACCCGCCACCCUAGCUUUCACCUACAAGCCGCCAGGUCUGCUGAGGGGAGGGGAUGCCAGUCCGGGCCUGAGGCUGGUGGAGCUGAGUGGCAAAGAGGGCCAGGAUGCCUUGGUGAAUGAAGAAGUAGGGGCUUUUCUCCGCUCCGAGGCCCUGGGCGAUGCCCAGCAGGUGGUCGUGAGGCUCAGCGGCUGGCGCUGGGGCGGGCAGCAGGCCUCGUGCGUGCACCCGCGGGCAGAGCAGGGCGCUGUGGUGGGCACGGUGCUGGUGCUGCUGGAGAAACUCGAGGAAGAGGAGAGCGUCCUGGUGGAGGCCAUGUGCCCGCCCGCCCGGCUGCCCUGCCCAGGCGGCCCCUUGCCGGGUCCCGCGAUGACCCUGCGCAUCUGCACCGUGGUGUGUCGGACCCAGGGGGACAGGCCCCUCCUGAGCAAAGUGGUGUGUGGUGUGGGCCGCGGGGACAGGCCCCCGCGGCACCAGAGCUCCCUGCCCAGGAAGCUGGAGGUGGCCCUGGCCCAGUGCGGUCUGGGCGAGGCGGCCCAGGUGGAAGCCGUGCGGCAGCGCGUCAAGGCGGCGGCCGAGGCCGCCAUGGCCGCCGUGCUGGCUCUGGAGGCCGGCCUGAGCGCCGAGCAGCGCGGCGGGCGCUGGGCCCGCACGGACGUCCUGGGCGUGGACUUUGCCCUGACGGUGGCCGGCGGCGCGUUGACCCCCGUGAUCCUGAAGCUGAACGGGGGCCGCUGUCUGGAGGCGUGCGGGGCGCUCGAGGGGCUGUGGGCAGCGCCGCGCCUGGGCCCGGCGGCGGAGGAGCCGGCGGCCGCGCCGCUCGUGGAGACCAUGCUGCGGCGCUCGGCGCGCUGCCUCAUGGAGGGCAAGCAGCUGCUGCUGGUGGGCGCGGGCGGCGUCAGCAAGAAGUUCGUGUGGGAGGCGGCGCGCGACUACGGACUCAAGCUGCACCUGGUGGAGUCGGACCCCAACCAUUUUGCGUCCCAGCUGGUGCACACCUUCAUCCACUUCGACGUGACCGAGCACCGCAGGGAUGAGGAGAACGCCCGGCUGCUGGCUGAGCUGGUGCGGGCGCGUGGCCUGCAGCUGGACGGCUGCUUCUCCUACUGGGACGACUGCCUGGUCCUCACAGCCCUGCUCUGCCAGGAGCUGGGCCUGCCUGGCAGCCCCCCGGCCGCCAUGCGCCUGGCCAAACAGAAAAGCCAGACCCAGCUGCACCUGCUGCGCUGCCGCGGCCCGCCCUGGCCCGCGCCCGCCCUCCACGCCGUGCCCUGCUGCCCGCUGGAGAGCGAGGCUGACGUGGAGAGAGCCGUCCACCAGGUGCCCCUGCCUGGCGUCAUGAAGCUGGAGUUCGGGGCAGGCGCGGUGGGCGUGCGGCUGGUGGAGGAUGCCCCCCAGUGCCACGAGCACUUUUCCCGCAUCGCCCGCGACCUGCAGGGCGAGGCCGACCACCCAGGCAUCGGGCUGGGCUGGGGCAACGCCAUGUUGCUGAUGGAGUUCGUCGAGGGCACCGAGCAUGAUGUGGACCUCGUGCUGUUCGGCGGUCGCCUUCUGGCCGCCUUCGUCUCCGACAACGGCCCCACCCGGCUGCCUGGCUUCACAGAGACGGCGGCCUGCAUGCCCACGGGGCUGGCGCCAGAGCAGGAGGCCCAGCUGGUGCAGGCUGCCUUCCGCUGCUGCCUGGGCUGCGGGCUGCUGGACGGCGUCUUCAACGUGGAGCUGAAGCUGACCAGGGCCGGGCCUCGACUCAUCGAGAUCAACCCUCGCAUGGGAGGCUUCUACCUGCGCGACUGGAUCCUGGAGCUGUACGGGGUGGAUCUGCUGCUGGCUGCUGCCAUGGUGGCCUGCGGCCUGCGGCCGGCACUGCCCACCCACCCCCGUGCCCGGGGCCACCUCGUGGGGGUCAUGUGCCUGGUGUCCCAGCACCUGAAGACGCUGAGUUCCACUGCCAGCCGUGAGACCCUGCAGGCGCUGCACGACCAGGGCCUGCUGCGCCUCAACUUGCUGGAGGAGGCCCUGGUGCCUGGUGAAUAUGAGGAGCCCUAUUGCAGUGUGGCCUGUGCUGGGCCCAACCCCACCGAAGCCCGCCUCCGCCUACUGGGCCUCUGCCAGGGCCUGGGCAUCCACAAGCCCAGUUACCCUGUCGACCACUUCCUGUCUCACUUCAAAUAGCACUGGGGCCAGGGGGCAGGGACCAAGUGCUGGGGGAGGGGCGCUAGGACAGCUCCCUCUGUCUCUCCCCUGGGCCCCACCCCUGCCCCUGUCCCUGCCCCAGGCCAGCCUGCUAUUCUGACCUGGGCCCUGCAGCUGGAGGGCUAGCCAAAGCCAGAGGCCCCAUCUAGCCCACAGCUGCCCCAGAACCCUAGCCUUGCAAAGAAAACAGCUAUAUGGACACACACUGCUACUGUCCUCUGCCCUAGGUGCCCACAGACCCACCCCCUGCCUCUCCUCCCCACCCCUCCAGGGCCAUCUCUCCCUGCAACCUAUGGGAAGACAGAACCUGCCUGGCUUCCUGGCUUUGCACAAAUCUCAGGAGAAUCUGUGGCUAAAAGUC